CUCUCCCUUCUCAUCAACGAUCACCGUGCUAAGUUUCAACCCCUCUCUCUCUAUCUGAUAUUUCCUUCUUCGUUCAUUACUUCUGUUUUUCUCUCUCUAGAAGCCAUGAACAAACCUUAUAGUAUUCUUGCCAUCCUCCCCCUCCUACUCCUCGCCAGCCGCCCCUCAAUCGCCGGAGAAACCCUCCACUCUCUCUGCAACUUCCUCGGCGGCGACUACGUCGACUACGACUAUUGCGUCUCCACUCUCUCCACAAACCCCGCCGCCUCCACGGCCGACGGCCACACCCUCGCCGUCAUCUCCGUCAAUCUCACCACCACCAACGCCACCGCCGUCAAAUCCCGCGCCGAAUCUCUCUCUCUUUCCUCCACCGACCCCUUCAUCCGUACCUCCCUCCUCAACUGCUCUUCCCUCUACGCCGGCGCCACACCCGAUCUCCACAGCUCCGCCGCAGCCGUCGCCGCCAAGAACUACUCCGGCGCCGCGGCGGUUCUCUCCGACGUGCUCCGAGUUCCGGCGGGAUGCGAUCAAGGGUUUCAAAAAAAGGAGGGGGUGGCGUCGCCGAUCAGGAAGGAAAAUAAUGCUUUUUCGGAUUUAGCUACGCUGGCUAAAGCAGUUAAUAAUUACAUGGCUCAGUGAUUUUGUUUUAAGAGUAAUUAAAAUCUAUUAUAAAUUUUGUUUGUGUGUCUUAUUUAAUAUGUCACAUAAAUAUGAAUUUUGAUGGAUUUUAAUAUUUCUCUUUGUUGACUGAAAUAAUAUAAUGGUGUAUUAAAUAAAGCCGUGGCUUAGGGAUUAAUGUGUUGCGUUGUGAUUUGUAUUACUUAGGCAUUCUAUGUAUUGUAUUUGAAUGAUAAAAUAUAUGAUGAGCAUUUUUU